AUGUCUGCCGGCGCUCCAACCCACGCAUCGUCGCCAUGGGCCGUGGGUCACGUGAUCCCUCCAGUGCGGCGCUGCGUGACCCGGGACCACAUCGACGCCUACCGGUCAGCCUCCGGCGACCACAACCGCAUCCACUACGAUGAUGAGUUCGCAGCGUCAAGCCGGUUCGGCGGCGUGAUUGCCCACGGCAUGCUGACCCUGGCCAUGAUCUCCGAGAUGAUGACGGGCGUGUACGGAACCUGCUGGUUGCAAUCGGGCAGCCUGCGCGUCAGGUUUCGUGGCGCCGCGUAUCCUGGGGACCUCCUGGAAGCCGUCGGGUCGGUGACCAAAAGCGAAUCAGUCGCUAACGGCAUACGCCUUACGUGCAACGUCGAACUGCUCAACGUUGAUAAUGGCAGCAGGAUCAUCACCGGGUCGGCGACUGUAAUGGCAGGCUCGGCGGAUAUGAGGGAAACUGUGAGAUGA